AUGCCUUCAUAUCCCAACUCCAACUCUGCUUCUUCAGCUCGUAAAAUACAUCAAGUGCGCAACUGGAAGCAUGGGACUCCGGUUAAGUCACUCAAGGCCAAUAAUGCAUUAGUAGCGGACGUUCUUCCAAAGUCUAACUCUCAAAUCUGUCGGCUAUUCGCUAAAUUUACUAGAAUGCUAUUAGAAUAUGACCCCGUACAUAAAUCAUACCCUCUUGAACCUACCAGUGAGGAACGUCUUCAACUAAAAUUUCUCACUCAGGAGGCCACGAUGUCAGAUCAGCGGAUCUUUGUCUUAGAACCUACAGUCUUGAGUUCACUCACCGACAAUUCAACCAGACAAAGAUCAGUUUUCCUGGCUGAUCUUCGACAACAUGGUAUCCAACGGGCCACCUUUGACUGGAGCAUGAAAGAAGGCUGUCGCUGGAAUCAAGCGAUGAAAAUUCUGGUUAUCAAGCACUGGAGACACGCCAAACAGAGGGGCGAUUUUGGAAGCCUACCAAUCAAUCCAGCACACAUAACUCACACAAAACUUGAGGGGAUAUUGAUGCGAUGGAUUCGUGGACAAGCUUCUGCCAUCCGAUCAGGACGCAACACUCCUGAAAAACUUCGGGUAAUCGAGAAUAACAAGAAGAAGCGACAGUUAUUCAAGUAUCGUCGCGAGACUUUUGAACGUCAUCUGGGUGAAGAGUCAUUAGACUUGAUCCCAGAUGCUGAUUGCUGCUCCGAGACUGAGUGGGAACCAGAAGAAAUUCAACAUAAUAAAGUCGGGCUGGUUUGGCGAAGUCAACAGUAUGCAAGUCUCUUGCAUAGUCUUGAUCGUCUUUCAUACGAAUACAAAGCACAAGUCGAUGGAAUCAUCUUAGCCACUCGACGUUUUGAUCAGUGUCGUGUGGACCAGUCCUCUACUAAUCCGAAUGCAGCAGUUUGCUGCGGCCUUCCUCAAAAUUGCUACGAUCAGGUGUGGUAUAAUAAUCUCAAUGAUGAUAAAAAGGUCAAACUAAACUGUCAACCACCUUCAGACUCGCUUAACAGUCUGGCCAACAAAAUCGAACAGCUGUUGGUGAAAAAAACUUAG